GGGGGGGGAAACAUUUACAGAAGUCUACAGUAUAAACAUUCAUUAAGGAAAAGAAUGCUAUGUGUGACUCGCUUUGUUCCACACACACACACACACACAAACACAUUAAAUAGAGCACAAGUCCAGUAAAGACCUGAAAUAGUUCGUGGUUACCGCACGCAUACGGUAUUUUUAGAUGAUUGAACUUCUAAAUUACAUAAUCAUCUCCAAUCGAGUUAUUGAACAUUUGUUUUCCGCUGUAUAUGUCCAUGCACCUCAUAAGCCGCAUAGUAUUCUUGUAAUGAGUCCUAUUCUUCACAGCUACUUGAGCACGACACUAUUGGAAAGAGUCGUCUAUUAUCCGCUGCAAUUUUACACUCAUACAAACUACAAAAAAAUAAUCUUCUGGUCAAAUAAAUACUUCUGACUGUCAAUACUCAUAAUGUAAUCAUGCAUCUUUCGUUUAACCGUCCCCAACGUGGAGUGACAGGCUAAACAAUUCAAAUUGCUUUUACAUCAGAUGGCAGAAAGUGCACAAGUGCCCCGCGUAUCCAUAUUUUGUGACAUUUUUGGUUUGGUGGUGUGCCGUUAAAAGAGUCCUCUCAUGCUUAUUGUGUGCCUUGGCUCAGUAAAGGUUGGGAAAACACUGGUUGAUUGUGUGUCACUGGCAGAUUAUGGAUGACUUAAUAUGAAUGGUUAUACAACUUGCCCCCGUGUUAGGUUACGUGAGUCACGCAUGCUCUGUGUGAAUUAUAUCACUAGCUAAACACACACACACAAAAAAAAAAAGACUGCGUGCCUCUGCGUCAUAACAUUGAGCCGAGCGCGUUGCUUCUUGAUUUCUCCUUCGACCUUUUGUUGUUCCGGGAAACCUGCGUCACUCAGGUGUGUCCUGAACACACUGGAUGUGAAAACUGGUGAGCUUAGGGAGCACUGAGGCAGCAGUGUGGGCGUAAAAACAGUCCAAAUGUACUGUGUACCUGACUCACGCACGCACACUCACACACCUUGAGUUUGGCCUAUUUGACAGGACGACUGCACGGACUCUCCUCCGAUUCAGGCUUUCGGAGUCUAUGCGUCACGACACGAUGGCAUUUGUCAAACAUGACUUCGCCAUAUGCAUCGCAGGCUCACCCGCGCUCGGAAUGUGCGGUUUUAGAAUUGCGUACAUCACUAACGCGGCAAUGAACGUGAAACUUGGUGAGCGGCGACGAUCCGGGUGGCUCCACAAGAGUCUAUGAAUGAACAAUUUAGAGAUCCUCACAAUUAUAAGGGUAUAAAGUCGAAACAACGCCGUCAAAUAGGGGUCACAUUAUUUAUUUUUUUACAGUGCUUCUCCACAUUAGGGUCACAUCUGAGCUGGAGCCUAUCCCAGCUGACGAGGCAAGAGGUGGAGCACAUCCCGUAAUGUUCGCACGGUGUACGUAAACAAGCAGUCACACUCAUAUUCACACCUACGGACAAUUGGGAGCCGUCGGUGAACGGGACAAGCAUGUUUUUGGAAUGUGGGAGGAAGCCGCAGUGUAUGCAGGAAACCCGCACAGACAGAUGUGAACCGAAACGCCGCACAGGAAGACUGCAACCCAGAUUCAAACCAGAACUGUGAGGAAGACGUGCCGACCACCGCGGCCCUUUCGGACGAAUAACACAAUGAAUGAACUGGAAAAAUGCUCAUCUUUUCAAGAAGGGGAAAACUACACAUACGUGGCACCAUUCCUGUAUGUGUGUAUUUGUGAGCGUAAACAGGGUUAGUCAUUAAAAGGCAUUAGAGCCUCGUGAUUUCUUCCAGCCAGUUAGCAAAGAAAAGAAAAGGUACCUACCAGAUAAUAAUGAUCAUUAAAAAACUCAAAUGACAUAUCGCAGGCGUCGGGCUGAACCCUCAUUUCAAAAUGUGGUGCAUUUCUUUUCACGAAUCGGUACUAUUGGUCCGUCGCCACGUGGCUAUGUUGAAUUUUUCAAAUUUGUGACCAAUGUAAAGUGUUGAAAAUGGCUCGCUCUCUUUGACGAUGCAAACAAAGUCAAUGGCUCAACAAACGUGCCCUUUUUUGGGUCUCCUGAAACGCGAUGCUUUUGGAGAUAACAUGGAUUCCGCCCAACGCCGGCGAUACGUAGUCUGAUGUCGUCGUGGCAGCGUGACGAGCACGCCUCGCGUCGCAUUUGAAAGAUUCCCGUUUCGAAGGGCGGCUCAGCCCUCCACUUUGCAUUAAACUGGACUACAAGCUCUGCCCUCAAUUUGGAAACAGAAUCGGAGCCUUGUGUAGUCACCGGGAGGAUGGGAGUGAGUCAGAGAACCUUUGACACAGCACCGAUGGCUCAUUUGUCUGUGUGUCCAAAGCGUGGAUCAGCCGAGGCUCAUCGCGUCCACGUGGUCAUGUAGACACGGGCGACCAUCCGCACUCCCGUUCGCACCGUCACCGAGCGGGAACUGAACCCACGCUGCCCGCACCGGCAAACUCAGCCGAGUGCACCACCGCACCAGCGGUGACUUGCGGGUGGACCUGAUUUUCAAAAUACAACUCCUUUUACACUCUGAUGAUCAAAAUAUUUGGUGGUAAUGUCAUGGAAGCAUCUCAGCUUGCUAUCAAGCAAAUCAAAUCAUAACCGAGAGUUGGACGAAAAACACACCAGAAUGUUUAAUGUAUCACGAUCAUUUCGACUGCUCCCCCUCGCCUUCUCGUGCAAUGGACUAGUCCAUCUUCUUACUACAUAUGUGCAGGCUGACGAUGCAUCUCAGAAAAUACCAGUUUUAAUGGCAGGCUAUGAUCAUUUCAUGGCAAAAACAGCGCCCUGACUCUUCAAUUCGUGAACUGUGAUAUGGCUCUAGUGUCGGUGCUUCACCAGCCAUGAACCUCACCGCACAUCACUGACCCCUUACUUCCCAAAAAUUGCAGAAGAUCAUCCCGGAAGAGUGGAGGGUGUUACCUCUGCAAAAAAAAAAUCAAAUGCGGCACGAGUUUUGCCUCUGUAUGACAACUCAGCCCUUAGUUCCUCUUAGCUAUUUGGACAGAGCGCAAAUAGGAGGUGGACGAAUACAGUCUGUGAACAUAUAAAGUGAUAAACCAACUCCAUAGCCAAACUCAAGAAACCCCACAAACGUCGUGGACCUUCUAACACCAACACCUUUUUGUAAGUAUAAAGAAGAAAAACCUCCGGGCCGCCCGAUUUAGAUUAUGGCUCCAUCAUAUAUAAUGAAUCAUCAAAUAGAAAAGAGAGGUCCACUUACACACAUGCUGAGGCCAAAACAGCCCCCCCCCAAAAAAAAAAAGCUCUCCAAGCUCUCAAACUAAAGCACUGCUGGAGAUUUCGACUCAGGUGCUUUGUAUUGAGCUACUGCCGGGACGUCCUGCUGACUCAAGGAUAGAGAUGAUUGCAUUUAUUCAAUACAUGUCAAGGCACUUUUAUGUGGAGCAGGUUUAGGAUCCUGCCCCUUGAAGAGAACCAACAGAACCCCACCGAGCAAGAACAACUCCUGUCUUUGUGUAGAAACCUACAAGUCAUUGUUAGGCGGGCGUUGAGAUUUGAUUCCAAUCUCAUAUUGGCAGAUGGAGAAAUACUUUGACAUAACUCGUCAAAUAUUUACACAUUAAGGGCUUUCGUAUCAUACACAAUACACAUACAAUAUUACUUGCGCUUCGGGCUCAAACUCGCCCUUUAAAUCCCGAUUCACUGUAUGUGUUGACAGUAACAAAUGACUUCCGAACGAAUUGUUACUCCUUGUAUUAUUCCGAAAUAAAGACAUCGUCGAAAUAAAGACACAAAUCAAAAAUAAAGGAAAAUGAAAUCAAAAACAGUCUGGUCUGACUGCAAUGCCUGUCUGAAAAAAAUGAUUAUUGACUAUGACUUUGAAAAUAUAUAUUUUUGUUAAUACAAGAACUAAAACUGGGCAUUAGGGUCAGCUGAAGGAAAUUGAUCAUUUUUAUUGAUUUAUUUUGUAUUUAUUUGUUUUGAUGAGGAAGUGCAAAGACUUUACUGUUUUGUAUAACUUCUAACUUUUAGUUUGAGGGAAAUAUGACAUCCAUAAGAGAAGAAGAAGACAAAAAAGCUUGGAACAUUUUUUUAAAAGAGGAAAUUAUCCUUUAUAAUACAUUAGCUCAUGGUUUGGAAAAUAAGAAGGCACUGCAAACUAAAAAUAGCCGGAGAGCUCUAGCAUUAUGCUAUUGAUUUUGUAUAUUUGAAUGCAUUUGUAUACAUCCGUGGAAAUAGCAGAUUUUGUUAACAAUGGGGGUGCGAGUUAAUAUCCCAACAAACAGUACGAAUAUGGAAUGAAAAUGUCAUUCAUCUUCAAAGGUUUUUUUUUUUUGCUGCCAUCUACUGGAAAUAAUUUGGAUUUGAGGAUUUGAGUGUCUGUAAUACUAGUAUUUUCACGUUGUCGGAUUGGCUUCAAAUGACAGAAUUUAGCAGUAAAUUCCAAUAUCGUGCCAGAUGUAACCGGACACGUAUCGCUUCUCCUCUUCGUGGCCGAGUUUCGGCGAGUGUUGUCGGAAGUAGCCGAACCUUGCCGACCACGCCCGGAAAUGACCGAGUUGAGCCGAGCAGUGCCGGUGGUCGACGCUCGAGGCGUUCCCGCCAGCCGAACGCUUGUUGUGGUUUGGUUAGCCGCCGGGCGGACGAGUGGCUCACGCUUUCUCGGUUGUAGCCGACCGGUCUAGGCUGUUAUGGCUCGCCCAUGAGGCGGAGUGGGAGGUGGGCUUGUGUUUUCUGUGUAAACACCAGGCCAAGCGCUGUGAGGCCAUGGCGGGUGUCUUCGACAUCGACCUGGACCCACCGGAUGAGAAUGUGUCGGACGACGAACUCGAAGACGGGGGCGAGAUCAGUGAAUACAUGGACCAAUGCAGUGACUUUGACUUCAACAUAGAUGACUGCGAGAAGUUUGAGAUUUCCGAGAACAGCGUGAACAAGGGAACUGAGCAGAUCAGGCCUGAGUGCUUUGAGCUGCUGAAGGUUCUGGGAAAGGGUGGCUACGGAAAGGUUUUUCAGGUUCGGAAGGUAUCAGGUGCCACCUCCGGGAAGAUAUUUGCAAUGAAAGUUUUGAAAAAGGCCAUGAUUGUUCGCAACGCAAAGGACACAGCGCACACCAAAGCCGAGAGGAACAUUCUGGAAGAAGUGAAGCAUCCUUUCAUAGUGGAUCUUAUAUAUGCCUUCCAGACAGGAGGAAAGUUGUACCUCAUCCUGGAGUAUCUCAGCGGUGGGGAGCUUUUUAUGCAACUGGAGAGAGAAGGCAUCUUUAUGGAAGACACAGCGUGUUUUUACUUGGCUGAAAUUUCAAUGGCACUGGGUCACUUGCACCAGAAAGGCAUCAUCUACAGAGACCUGAAGCCUGAAAACAUCAUGCUCAACAACAACGGGCAUGUGAAGUUGACGGACUUUGGCCUGUGUAAAGAGUCCAUCCACGAUGGGACGGUCACCCACACCUUCUGUGGUACCAUCGAGUACAUGGCUCCAGAGAUCCUCAUGAGGAGCGGACAUAACAGGGCAGUGGACUGGUGGAGCCUGGGGGCUCUCAUGUACGACAUGCUGACAGGAGCGCCUCCUUUCACUGGCGAAAAUCGUAAGAAGACCAUCGACAAAAUUCUAAAAUGCAAACUCAGCCUUCCACCUUACCUCACUCAAGAAGCCAGGGACCUCCUCAAAAAGCUUUUAAAGCGAAGUGCCUCGGUGCGACUCGGGGCAGGGCCAAAUGACGCUGCGGAGGUCCAGGCACACCCUUUCUUCCGCCAUACCAACUGGGAGGAGCUCCUAGCACGCCGAGUGGAGCCUCCAUUCAAACCUUUCCUGCAAUCGGCCGAUGACGUCAGCCAGUUUGACUCCAAGUUCACCAGCCAGCCUCCGGUGGACAGCCCGGACGACUCCAUGCUCAGCGAGAGCGCCAAUCAAGUCUUCCUGGGUUUCACAUAUGUGGCUCCGUCGGUCCUGGAAAACGUCAAGGAGAAGUUCUCGUUCGAGCCAAAGGUCCGCUCGCCUCGCAAGUUCCCCGGAAGCCCGAGGACGCCUGUGAGCCCGGUGAAGUUCGCACGGGGCGACUGUUGGCCGCGGGGACCCUCCGCGGAACAACCCAUGGAGGUGUCCACAAUGGAGCAAAUGGACACGAGCAGCAGCAGCAGCGGCGCAUCGGAAGCCUCGGCGCCGCUUCCCAUCAGGCGGCUGUCCAGCACGAGCGCGCCGCUCUACAAAAAACAAGCCUACCCGAUGAACUCCAAACGACCGGAACACCUCCGGAUGAACCUAUGACGCUCAGACACUUCCUUUUGCUUCUUGUCCUCUCGGACAAAUAAUUGGGCCGUCACUGUUAACGUCAUCACCAGCUCUUCUGUCUCUUGGUCUCUCUCCAAAAUCUUCAGCGGUGCUUUUUGGGGAGAGUCACCGACCGCUUUGCUUAUUGGCCGUCGGUUUGGUUUCACGGUGCUCUUCUUUCCUCAACUUCGGACUGUUUUGCUAUCCACAAUGAACAUGGGGUGAAAAAAGUCACACUGUUCACCUUUCACUUUGUGCUGAAUGUAAAAAGACUCUCAAAGUAUGAAAUGGCGUAGAGGCCAAAAAAUUUACCUCUCACAUAAACCCCGAAAACUCAGAAAAACUGCAGCAUUCCAAAAAUACUCUCACUACCCCCCCCCCCCCCCCCCCAAAAAAAAAUCACACUCACCAAAACCUCUCAUUCUCCUGAAGAAAACUCAUAUAAAAACCAAGAAACCUCUCACACUAACCAAAACUAUUUUCAUACAUUAAACCUUAGUCACAUCAAAACCCUCUCACAUACACACACACACAAAAAAACACCAAAAUAACUAAAAAAGCUUAGUCACACCAAAAACCCUCUCACAUUCACCCAAAAAAAUUUUUAAAAAUCACAUUCGCCCAAAAAAAAAAAACUCAUACUCACUAAAAUUCUCUCUCACACACACAAAGAAAAAUCGGGAGAGGACCUUUGGUGAAUAAGACAUCACUUUUCUGAUGUUAGAGUUUUGGGGGAAUUUUUGGGCACGUGUGAGAGGUUUUUUUGGUGUGAGUGAGAGGUACAGUAGUGUAAGAAAGUGUUUGCCCCCUUCCUGAUAUCUGAUUUCUCACACAUUAAAGGUUUCCCAUCACCAAACAGGUUAAACUAUUAGUCAACGACAACAUAAGUAAACACAAAAAGCAGGAAAGGGGCAUUCACCUUUUCACACCUUUAUAUUUUGGUGAGGGUGAGAGGUUUUUUGAGUAUUUUUGAUAUGUGAGGUUUUUUUGGGUGCACAUGACAGGUAUUUUGAUGAGUGUGAGAGGUAACUUACAAUUGACCGUCAGUAUUUGGCACCUCAAAUUAAAGCCUUUACAUUUCUACAUCGAAUGUUGAAUGUCAGUUCAGAAUGACAUGAAUCUUGAGUCUUUGUGGACUCAAACCAACAUUAAUACUCGGUUGAGUGUAAAACCUUUAACUGCUGCUGUACGAGCCUGUGGAUUGAAGCCACUGAAUGCGUUUUAUUUUAUUUUUUUGUGACGCUUAUUGAUGUGUUUUUGAACGUCUCGAAUCAUUUCCUCUGAAACGUGGGAACCAAAAUCUCUUGUUUCAGUGAACCAAAUGCUUUAUACUUUCUCUAAUAGGUUUCAAACGAUGGAUCGGUGUUAAAUUUUCUUCCAUCAGCAUUGUUAAAGCAUCAAUUUUUAAUUUGUUAGCGUGCUCAUUUUUGGGCCAUUGGCUCACACUAUGCAAACUACUAUGUAUGUAUUGUCUAGUCUUAUACAGACAGCAUUAGAGUAAUUUCAAAAGAAACUGUAAUGACAUACAUGCUCAUUAUGAUUUUAUUCACACAAAAUUGGUCAAACAGCACAGAGAAAUGCAGCUUUUUCUUUUUAUAGUCAGCGGCUCACAUCUUCCAGUAUUUAACUUUGUGUGGCAUUAUAUUAUGUAUAUAUUUUUUUAAAUUAUUUUAUUUUCAAGUAUAUAAUGUAUAUUACUGUUCUCACCUGAAACUUGAACUUUUUGCUAUGCUGGAAGAAACGAGCAGCAUACAAAAGCAGUGUGGAUGAAACCGUGUGCGUGCGUGCGCACGCUUGUUUUUAGCUGCAUUUGCUCGUUGGCGAUUGAUGUGAAGUGACUUUAGUUUUUUUUAUUUUUGGUUCAGGAUCACUAGUAUCUGAUUACAUGCAAUGUUUGAGGUCCAACAAUGUAAGCCUCCAUGGAGAUGUUUGACAAACUAUCCUCUAUGUUGAGAAUUGCUUUUAAUCACUGUUGGGCAGUGAGAAGAAAUGUAAAGUUAGUGAAUGUUACAUCUGCUUCUGGUUUUUAUUUUUUUUAAGUGUGUUAGCUUGUCAAUAAUAAGAAUGAAAUGUCA